AUGGCUGUUAAAAUAAAGGUCAUGAUCCUGCUGCUUGUCAGCAGUGCUGCACUUUUAUUUCUGUUUAUGUUGAGUGACCAGCUCCAGGUUUACAACCAAAAGCCGUGUUCUUGUGACAAGUGUUUAUCUGAAGACAAAACGUUCCUGUUUCAUCAUGCGAGUCAUUCUGUGGAGCCCUUUCUGACUGCAAACAGCAAGCUCUCAGAGGAGGACUACAUGUGGUGGAAGCAUUUGCAGGGUGAAAGACAAAACUUUAAUGUCUUUAAAGCAACAGUGAAGGACCUGUUUCAGAUAUUCCCUGCCAAACCUCACCUUGAAAAACCCAGUUCUGACCAAUGCCGGACUUGUGCAGUAGUGGGAAAUUCUGUAAAUUUAAGAAGAUCCCAUUAUGGACCACUGAUAGAUUCCCAAGAUGUUGUCAUCAGAAUAAAUCAUGGAAAGGUCAAAGGUUAUGAGAAAGAUGUUGGGAGCAGAACAACUCAUCGUGUCAUGUAUCCAGAAAGUGCAACACAAAUAGACAGCACCACUCAUCUUGUGCUGUUUCCAUUCAAGAUGCAAGAUCUUCAGUGGCUCCUCAAGGUCUAUUCAAAAGGAUAUUUUGGAAGCGGGCACCCCAGCAACGCCUCCUUGUCACCGUCGCAAACGCUCUCUUGCCAUUCCCGCAUGAGUCCACCAGAGUACGUAUAUGACUAA